AUGUCAGGAGAUCUUGAUGAACAUGUUUCUGUGGGAACUGGAAAAGAGACCAAGCCACAAAAUUACGAACUAGAUCCAGAUUCCAUAUCCUUUAGCCUCACCCCUGAGGGAAUGAAGGAUUCUGAACUAAAGCCGGAAGAUGCAAUAACCAGCAGAAGCGGGUCCUCACUGCAUCCCCAGAGCAAUGUGGGCUCUGGGCAGCGGGGAGGCAAGCGAAGCGCGGCUGAUGCCCGGGUGCUCCACGCUCACGAGCCCGAUGGCAAUGUGACUCUGAGCAACCCCGUGGAAAAAGUGGCCUAUCUUACAAUAUUCCACAUUUUGUUCGUGCUCUUCGUGUGGACAUAUUGGAAGUCUAUUUUUACUCUUCCAGUGCAGCCAGAUAAAAAGUUCCAUAUGUCCUAUGCUGACAAAGAGCGCUAUGAAAAUGAAGAAAGGCCGGAGGUGCAGAGGCAAAUUCUUGCCGAAAUCGCAAAGAAGUUGCCAGUGUACACGAGGACGGGGAAUGGAGGUAUUCGAUUCUGUGAUAGAUGCCAGCUAAUAAAACCUGAUCGUUGCCACCAUUGUUCCGUUUGUGCUGUAUGUGUGCUAAAAAUGGAUCAUCACUGUCCAUGGGUGAAUAACUGCAUUGGAUUUUCUAACUACAAAUUCUUUCUACUGUUCUUAGCCUAUUCUUUGUUGUAUUGCUUGUAUAUUGCUGCAACAGUCUUCAAGUAUUUCAUUAAGUAUUGGACAGGUGAGCUGACUAAUGGACGCUCCAAAUUCCAUGUCCUUUUCCUUCUCUUUGUGGCGGUCAUGUUCUUCGUAAGCCUGAUGUUCCUCUUUGGCUAUCACUGUUGGCUUGUGAGCAGAAACAGAUCUACUUUAGAGGCUUUCUCAGCUCCAGUGUUUCAAAAUGGCCCAGAUAAAAAUGGAUUCAAUCUAGGCUUCGUAAAGAACCUUCAGCAGGUGUUUGGAGAAGAAAAAAAGCUCUGGUUACUACCUGUUGUCUCUAGCCAGGGAGAUGGACACUUCUUCCCGAUGAGAGCUUUGUGCGAAGCUCAGAAUCCUCUCCUAGCAAAUGAAGAGCAGUGGGAAGACGAUGGAAUAGAUGAAGAGCCACAUGAUGCCAAUGAGGCUUCAUCCCUUGCCAUAGAAAGGGAGACGUAGCGAUUUGAGAAUACAACAGCACAAAGCUUGUUCGGAAAGCUUCCCUCUCAGGAGCCAACCUCCCUUCUCUCUUUGUGGACUUCACUUCUGAGAGUCAGCAAACAAAUGGAUCUUCAAGAUGAGAAAGCAUCAUGAAGUAUCAUCUGGUUGGGAUCUGCAUUCUCAAGUGCUUCUCCAGAAAUCCUGCUGCACAGAUGUUUUGGGGCUUUAUAAGUUUAAGUUAUGGAGUGAAAAGAACAAUUUUAUAGAGUGAUUCUGGCCAAUCUUCUUUGGCCUGCUCUCUUUAUUUUAUAAAUAAUAUAUAU